UCUGUCACACGAACGCGCUCCGUGAUUGGCUGGACUACUUCCGGCUUCCCUUCAUUUAUACACGUGAAGGUCAGCAAAAAACAGGCUCUCGACUGUGAUAAUUAGAAUAAAUAUUGUCACUUCGACGUUUUCUAGAAGAUAUGGAAGGCAAAGGAGCGACAACUGACCCUCAGCUUCAACAUUUCAUCGAAAUCGAGUCUCAGAAACAGAGAUUUCAGCAGCUGGUGCAUCAGAUGACUGAGGUUUGCUGGGACAAAUGCAUGGAUAAACCGGGGCCCAAGCUGGAUUCCAGGACAGAAAUGUGCUUCGUUAACUGCGUGGAGCGAUUUAUAGACACCAGCCAGUUCAUCCUGAACAGACUAGAACAGACUCAGAAGAGCAGGGGGGGAUUCUCCGAGACGAUGUUGGACUAAAAACCGUAGCUGGAAGUUUGGAAAAAAAAAAAAGACCCACGUUCUGCGCUGACUGGGAACACCGUUUGAUCCAGACACAACUGUCUGUACAGGAAGCUGAGGAGGUGUCCAGCCAGCUGGAAAAGAGAACAGGUUUUACAUUUGAAACAAGUGCCUGAGAUUAAAACCAUGUACAGAACUG